AUGCCCACGGUUGGCCUCAUGAAGUGGCAAGUUACUCUCCAGAUGCUACUACUGCUCUGCACAUUAGGCCUGCCAGUGUUGGCAAGAUGGAAAGACAGAUUUUUUUCUGAAAUCCAAAUUCCGGAUUACAUUUUAACAAGGCCCAAGCUGCAGCCCUGCCUGGCGCGGCCGACCAGCACGCAGUGCAAAAGCUACUGCAGGGCUCACCUGGACUGUGAGGACCAGUUUCGCUGCUGCCACGCCUUCUGUGGCAAUGUCUGCAUGAGCCUGGAAGAGGCGGAGGGCGCAAAAUCAAACCAUAAAACCAGCAACUAG